CUGCCGCCCCGCCGGCGUCACCUUAUAUCACUGCAUAGCCGGUGCGGUGAGGCCUCUCCUGUCUCCUCUCCCGCCCCCUGCUGUUGACCCCCACUCACAUUGCCAUGGCCGGCCCCUCCUCAUCGCCGUCUCGACGCCUUGCCCAGCUCACACGCCACCUCCUCGCCUCCCCCUCCUCCUCUUCCGGCGAGCUCUCACCAGUGGGCGCCCCCGCCGGCGCCGGCGCGAUCGCAUCCAAGGGAUUCGCCGCCGUGCUGGUCUGCAUCUUCGAGGAUCCCCGCGGCGACACCCGCGUCCUCCUCACCAAGCGCGCAUCCUCCCUCAAGUCUCACUCAGGGGAGGUGUCCUUGCCGGGAGGGAAGAUGGAGGAGGGGGAUGCGGAUGCCAAGGCCACCGCUCUACGGGAGGCACACGAGGAGAUUGGGCUUGACCCAGCUCUUGUAUCUGUUGUGACGGUUCUUGAGCCCUUCUUGACCAAGAAUGGCCUUGAUGUUACCCCUGUAAUUGGCAUUCUUUCGGAUAGAUCUUUAUUCAAUCCUGUCUUGAAUAAAGAUGAAGUGGUAGACAUCUUUGACGCCCCUCUGGAGAUGUUCCUGAAGGAUGAUAACCGGAGAACACAGGAACAAAUUUGGAUGGGCAUGACUGUUCCGUUCCAGGUUUUUGACUACGAGGCAGAGGGCAAAAAAUAUGUCAUAUGGGGCCUAACCGCACACAUUUUAACCCGUGCAGCAGCAGUCGUUCUGCAGAGGCAACCAUCAUUCGUUGAACUUCCACAAGGACCCACAAGUGCUGCUGUAACCAGCAAGCACUAAUGAACUGAAACCCUUCUUCUGUAAGAAGUAGAAGUGGGUUUCUAUCACCGUAUAAGAAGUCUUGAACUAAAUGUUCGUGUGUUUCUGUGGAAGGGUAAACUGCAAGUCCUGUAUAGGCUAUACAACAACAUCAAAGCCUUUUUCUCAAGUAAAUUGGGGUAAGCUAGCAAAAUAAAAUCUGGAACAUUUGUUGAGCUCAUCAUUUGAGAGCGCUUGCAUUCUGUUAAAGAAUGUACUUUGUGGCCAUUUAUUGUAAGUGUGAACAUUGAUACCGUUAUGAAUAUGAAGUAGCUUAUACAGUUUUACUGCAUUUGAAUUAUU